UGGCCCGGCACUCCGCGGGCGAGGGCCGCCGGAUGCGCGACCUCGUCAGCCAGAAGCCGUGCGCGGACCCGCAGUGCAAGACCGUCGUCGGCACGAGCCUCGUGCCCGGCGUGCACUGCCAGAACUGCAACCGCGACUACUGCCUCAAGCACCGCCUGAAGGAGGACCACGACUGCAAGAACCUCGUGCCCAUCGGCGCACGAGCGCCGUCCGGCAUCGACGCUACAGCCGAGAAGGCGAAGAGCGCGCUCGAGAAGCUGCGCCUGUGGGGGUCGGCCAAGAAGCAGCAGGCCUCCAGGGUCCUGCCGAAGCCGAAGCCGACGUCCAACGCCGCCAGGCUCGUCGCCGUGAACAACCUGAAGAAGACGGCGAAAGGCGAUGUCAAGCUCGCGCCGGAGAAGAGGAUAUAUCUGCACGUCGAGGCCGAGGCGGAGACGGCCAAGGCAAAGUUCCCCAAGGGCCAGUUCUUCUAUUCCAAGGACUGGGUAAUAGGGAGGGUGUUGGAUGCCGCAGCGCGCAGCCUCCAGGUCCAGAACAUCAACAACCAAUCGUCCGACGAACGGGACAAGUUACGGGUAUUCCAUGUCGAGGGAGGGAGGUUGCUAGAGUUCAACGAGAAGCUUGGCUCCGUGCUGGCCAGCGGGAAUACCAUUGUGCUUUUGAGGGGAGUUGGACCACCGCCGGAUCUCAUUGAGGUGUGAGGCAGCGGCGGGUUUUAUACAUAAUGGAUAGAAGCAUAGCGUUCAUUUGGUUUGUUAGGUUGCGGGCCACAUUUAGAUACCAACCUACCGUGUAUGGGAUGCCAUGGAAAUUGGCUCAUUAACGUACGAAUUUAGGGGAAUAUUGAGGGGAACUAGUGCAGAGUAUAGUAUCUGUCUCAACACUAUCGUGACAAAGAUCAAGGUGUUGACUCCUCCGAGCAGAAAUGGGUCGUCCAAAGGAACCUCGAG